GCUCCGCUCUGAUCAACACUGAUAUUGGCGCCCAUUUUGGAAACAAGCGUCGCCUUUUUCGCAGGCUAAAUUGUUGUUAUUGUUGCCAUUGUAAGAAAAUAUUAAAACGCAAUGGAUAAAGGCAAUAGGAGCCCUAGAAAUACCAGUCCAAUGGACCAAAACUCGCUGGGCAUAUUGAGCUUGGAGAAUCUCAAAGUGUUUGGUGACUUGUCCAGCUUCAGCAGGAGCGGGAACGGAAGCGGCACGGGUCGCAGGGAAACCUCCAACGUGCACGAGCGACUGCGGGCAGAGCGCCUGCGAGCCAUGGAGACACUGGAAAAGCCGCGCGCGCGCUCCAGUCAGGCAAAGCCAGCAAUGAGGGGGCGGCAGAGUGUCCUGACCAACAACAGCAGCAACAUCUCGGAGCUGGUCAGCGAUGAAACCAUCGAUCUGAACAGCAGUGGCUCGUUUGCCGCGCCCACGCCAGUCCAGAAGGGCAGAAACAUUUCCUUCGAGCCAGCUGAGAUUACCGGCCGGUCGACGCUCUGCCGCAGCGACAAGGGCAGGAAAGUGGUAUCGGUGGCCGACAUAAUAAAAACUUCGUUCGUGGAAAAGGCGCGUCUGCUGGAGAAGAAGCUGCACAAUGCCAGCCAGGCGGAUCCGGGCUGCAAUUGCUCGCAAAACAACUCUAAAUCGAAUGUGAGCAGCCUGACGGAGUCUUCCUUCAACUGCUCGCACAGCCUGCCGCGCACCGCUGACCUGAGCAACCUAAGUCUGAACGGCGGCGGAGGCUUCUCCUUCGGCUCGGCAUCUGCGGCCGCUGGCCAAGACAUGGACGAGAGCUUCGCACCGGCCGAGCUGAUGCAAUCGAAAUUGAUUCUGGGCGAGAUAUCCUGGGCCCAAGAGUUCACGGCCAUGCCCACGGCAACGCUGAGUAACCAGGCAAUGCAGAAGAUUGCAGCCCCCCCACCUGCGUCCGACAUAGAGACGUCCGUGUCGAACUCUGUUCUGGCCGGAGAUCCGGACUUCUCCUUGGGCUACUACUUCCAGACACGCUCGGAGAAUAUCUGGAACAUUGUGGCCAACGACAGUCCCGACCACAGGCGUUGCGGUCAGGCCUUGGUCGAGGACAACCCCACCCCCACCCCCACUCUCACCCCGCAGCCCGACAACAAGACCUACACCAGGGCAGAGGCCAACUUGGGAUCGAAAUUGGGGCAGAAUCUGAUGAAGAAAAUGCAAAAUGCAAAGAAGGUAUUUCAAAGUGCCCUACAGUCCAAAAACGGAGACGAGCCUGCACGGCCGCCCUCAAGCUCUGAGAUAUUAAGUCUCUCAGCCAUAGACAAGGCCCUGAGAGAUCUGGACUUUAACUCGGACACCUCCACCGUAGAGGUGGUCGAGCGGUUGCGCAAGCAUGGCCGUGGUCAGGGCCAGCUGCACGCAGAUGAGGACAAGGAAAACGAUAGCUUCAAUGCGGAGCGAACCCUGUGUGACUCGCACAAGCAUACGGAGACCAUGAGCUUCACAGACUCCAUCCUGAACUCCACGGACUUUAAGCAUCUGCAGCAGAGCGUGUCGCGAAAACCACUAAGUCCGCUGGCGGACAAACCUCAGAUCUUGGUUACGCGUGCGGACAAGGACGCCUCCAUGGAGGCUGACAUAGAUGAGUGGCCAUCGACGCCAGUGAAGUCGCCCACCAGACGUGUGUGCCGCGUCAAGUCAUCCCCUUCCCCCCGAGCUGUGAGUCCAGCGAGCAGCGACGGCGUGCGGCCGCUGCCCACCACAGACGAAGAUGGGGAUGAGGCGGAUGAGGACAAGACUCCAGUGAACAAGAAGACGCACUCUGUCAGGGGGUCAAUCCGUCCCCCCAAUACCAAUGGGAGCCGCACCACGCUGAGCUCCACUCGCCUGGACGGCUGCGAUGCUCUCCCCUCGUCCACAGAGAGCGAGUUUGUCAUUUCGCCAAGUCUGGCCAAGAGUCCCUCUCUUUCGGCAUCGGCCACGGCCCGUAAUCUUUCGCCGAUGUGCUCGCCGAGAAGCUGUCUGUCCUCGCCACUUCUGGACAGCACCACCAGCUCCGAGCGGCGACAACUGAUGCCGGGGGCAGCACUCCGUAAAGCCAACUCCUCGCCGGCGGGAAGCGAGGCCAGUUCCACGAGUGGAUCCACGACCGCCAGACGAGGCGCCGGCACCAGUGGCAGUGCUCGCAGCAUCUCGCGCUGCUCCAAUUCCAGCGAGUUCAGUCAUCGCGAUGGAAAGCUGCUGCCACUGAAAGUGACCCACACGAGCCUCUGCUGGGGCAGCACCAAGCUGCGAACGGACAUGAGAAAGUCCAUGCAGGUGAAGAAUACGGCGGAUAAGCGGCUCGUCGUACGCUUGGGCAUCCAGGGGCCCGGCUUCCAGCUGGUCGGCAACGACAGCAGCACCAUUACCCUCCAGGCCAUGGAGUGCCGGAGCAUUGUGAUUAAUUUCUGCCCCACCGUUUGUGGAGCGGCCAUUGGAGCCGUGUCCUUCUAUGCUCCGCUGGGCGCAAACAGCAGCCAGCCCGGAAUGGAAAUCCCCUUGUAUGGCUACGGCGGGAAUGCAGCUAUUUCCAUUCAGGGCCUGCUGAAGGGACCGGUGGGUGCCAGCUUCCUCACCAUCGGAGACGUAGGCGAACUCUACUCCGGUCCGCUCACGGCCAGCUUCAAGUUCCUGAAUAAGGGGCCGCUGACUGCCUUCGUGGGCAUCUCUGUGGACUCGACAGUGCUGAUGAAACUGCGUCUGAGCGAAGCGUUCGAGGUGCGCCCCAGCAAGAUGAUUCUGCCGCCCCACACCGAGAGCACGGUGCAAGUUAUAUUCCGGCCGAAUCGCGAGGAUAUGAAGAACAUAUUGAAGAAGAGCUCGCAGGUUCUGACCCUGGCCAACAUGCGUAUCUUCUGCGGUGACGAGCCCAACAGGCAGAGAAUGCGGCAUCUGGUGCAUCGCAUGAGCAGUAGGCAGCGGGAGAAGCUGACCUCCGCCAUGCUGGACAGCCUGUGGAGUCCCUUUCCAGAUGAGCAGCCUGUAAGGAAUAUCAGCCAACUGAAUGAGCCGCCCGAGUUCAUCCUGGAUCUGGUCACUGUUGUGAAGAUCAUCGACGUGGCCUUGACCCUGAAUAGAGAUUUUGACGAGUCCGCCGAGACGUCGCUGUUGUUCCUACCGGAGGCCGAGGAGACCGUUCUGUUCCGCACCAUCUGUGCCGCCAACUCACCCACUCCCACACAGAGCAACAUGCUUGAGCCUGUCGAUGAGCUGCAUGAGGCGGAUACUACCACAAUGCUGCCCGUAGAGAGAAACUGGUCCGUUCAGCCGGCUUCUAUUGAGCUCGGUGCUGGAACCAUUGCCAAACUGUCCGUAAAGAACUGCUUCCGCUCUGGGCAACUCAUUGAAGUCCACUGCAAUGUAUCGGACUUUGUGCAGAUUAGUCCCAGGGAAUGUUAUAUUGCCCCAGAUGGUGGAGAAGUGGAGAUUAAAGUUCGUCUAUUGAGUUCGCCCAGUCGCGAGGGGCUCAAGAGGGAGCCGCUUAUUAUAGUUUCCAUGGAGAACGAGCGUAUAAACGUGCCAGUUAGUGUUAAGUUUUAAAUUCAUUUGUGUACCUUCUUAAUUGCGUUUGCCCCUUAUGUUCUAUUUAAUGUUAAUUUGUUCGAAAAGAAACUGCUUUGUGUUAUGCCUAUAUUAUGAAUAAAAGCUGUUCAGCUAUGUCUAAUAAAAUAUCCCUUAAGC